ACCCCAGUCAUCCAGCCAAGGCGGAGAAUGAGUGAUGAAAAGAAUAAGGCAGUACAAUUAGAGACUGAGAAACUAAUCAAGGCUCGCUUCAUCCGUGAGGUGCAGUACCCGACAUGGCUCGCCAAUGUUGUAUGGUCAAAAAAUCCAAUGGGAAGUGGCGAAUGUGCACGGACUACACAAGCUUGAACAAAGUGUGUCCUAAAGAUUCAUAUCCACUUCCCAAUGUCGAUAAGCUUGUGGAUGGAGCGUCGGGGAAUGAACUUUUAAGUCUCAUGGAUGCUUAUUCGGGCUACAAUCAAAUCAUGAUGCAUCCAUCGGAUGAAGAAAGUACAACAUUUAUGACCAAUCAGGCGAGUUACUGUUACAAGACAAUGCCUUUUGGAUUGAAGAAUGCAGGAGCUACGUACCAACGACUCAUGGAUAAAAUCUUUUCAAAACAAGUGGGCAGGAAUAUGGAGGUAUAUGUGGACGACAUGAUCGUAAAGUCCGUCAGGGCUAGUGAUCAUGGCGGCGAUCUUAAGGAAGUGUUUACUCAAUUAAGAACAUAUCAAAUGAAGUUGAAUCCUGAGAAGUGUUCUUUUGGGAUCCAGGGAGGAAAGUUCUUGGGAUUCAUGUUGACAUCGAGAGGAAUAGAAGUGAAUCCUGAUAAGGGAAGGGCGAUCUUAGAGAUGAAAAGCCCAACAAGUGUCAAAGAAGUUCAGCGUUUGACAGGACGAAUGGCCGCCUUGUCACGUUUCUUGCCAAUGGCGGGUGACAAAGCGGCCCCAUUCUUCACAUGCUUAAAAAAGAAUUCAAAGUUUCAGUGGACAGAGGAAUGCGAACAAGCUUUUACCAAAUUAAAGGAAUCAUUGGCCACAUUGCCAGUACUUUCCAAGCCAACACCAGGCUUUCCAUUAGUGCUCUAUCUAGCAGUUACUGACAAGGCGGUGAGUACAGUGUUGCUCCAGGAAGAGGGAAAAAAGCAGAAAGUUAUAUAUUUCGUGAGCCAUACUUUACAGGGGGCAGAGUUGCGGUACCAAAAAAUUGAAAAGGCUGCAUUGGCGAUUUUGAAAACUGCGAGGCGCCUUAGGCCUUAUUUCCAAAGUUUCCAAGUUAAAGUUAAAACUGAUGUCCCCUUAAGACAAGUACUUCAGAAGCCCGAUUUGUCAGAAUAUGAUAUACAAUAUGAGCCAAGGGGCCAAGUCACAGUUCAAAGUUUGAUCGACUUCGUGGCGGAAUUAACACCCACGGAAGACGAGAAGACUCGAGGAGAAUGGGUCUUAUCUGUGGAUGGAUCCUCUAAUAAGACUGGAAGUGGGGCUGGGAUAACAAUUGAAAGUCCAGACAAAAUGAUCAUUGAACAGUCUCUAAAGUUCGAGUUCAAGGCGAGCAACAAUCAAUCUGAGUAUGAGGCUUUGAUUGCCGGCUUAAGGCUAGCCAUUGAGCUGGGGGUCCAAAAGUUAUUUAUCAAGGGAGAUUCGCAGUUAGUGGUUAAACAGGUGAAGGGCGAAUACCAAGUAAAGGAUCCGCAACUUUCCAAAUACUUGGAAGUGGUACACAGAUUGAUGAUGGAGGUCAAAGAAAUUAAGAUAGAACAUGUCCCGAGGGGCCAAAAUGAGAGGGCAGAUGUGUUAGCAAAAUUGGCGAGCACAGGGAGAUUGGGCAAUUACCAAACAGUCAUUCAGGAAACCCUGCCUCGCCCGAGCAUUGAUUUGGUAGAAAUAAAGUUGAAAGCAGUCAAGUCAGUAAUUGAAGGCGAGCCUUCUUGGAUGGAGUCAAUCAAAAUAUUCCUAGAAAACCCUCCAAAGGAUGACGAUGUGAACACAAGAGCGAAACGAAGGGAAGCCAGUUUUUACACAGUGGUGGAUGGUGAGUUGUAUCGGCGGGGAAUUAUGUCCCCUAUGCUCAAAUGCGUUGACACCAAGAACGCCAAUGGAAUAAUGGCGGAAGUCCAUGAAGGUGUUUGUUCAAGCCAUAUAGGCGGGAAAUCCUUGGCGGUGAAAAUCGUGAGAGCUGGAUUUUAUUGGCCGACAAUGAAGAAGGACUGUCUUGAGUAUGUUAAGAAAUGUGAAAAAUGCCAAGUCUUCUCUGACUUGCACAAGGCUCCGCCAGAAGAGUUAACAACCAUGAUGGCGCCUUGGCCAUUUGCUAUGUGGGGGGUAGACAUUUUGGGACCAUUCCCAGUAGCGAAGGCACAAAUGAAGUAUAUCAUCGUGGCGGUUGAUUACUUCACUAAGUGGAUAGAAGCUGAGGCAGUGGCAACUAUCACGGCCGCCAAGGUCAGGAGCUUCUUGUGGCGAAGGAUUGUUUGUAGAUUUGGGGUCCCCAUGACAUUAGUAAUGGAUAACGGAACACAAUUCACAAGUAGUGUUACCCGAGAAUUUUGUACAGAAAUGGGAAUCGAGAUGCGAUUUGCCUCUGUAGAACAUCCACAGACCAAUGGGCAGGCUGAAUCGGCUAACAAGGUUAUCCUGAAAGGUUUAAAGAAGAAACUGGAUGAAGCAAAAGGGCUUUGGGCGGAGGAACUACCAGGCGUUCUUUGGGCAUACAACACCACUGAACAGUCAAGCACAAAGGAAACCCCGUAUCGUUUAACUUAUGGGACUGACGCCAUGCUCCCAGUGGAAAUUGAAAACCAAAAUUGGCGAGUGGCUCGGUUUAAUGAGAAUGACAACGGGGAAAAUUUAAUAGCAAAUCUAGUCAUGCUGCCCGAGGAACAACGUGAGGCUCACAUAAGGAAUGAGGCGGGAAAAGUGAAGGUUGCAAGAAAAUUCUCAACGAAAGUAGUGCCAAGAAAAAUGAGGGUAGGAGACUUAGUGCUCCGAAAAAAUACAAUACCCGAUAAACACAACAAACUUUCACCCAACUGGGGCGGGCCUUACAGGAUUAUAGGCGAUGUUGGAGGAGGAGCUUAUAAGUUGGAACAACUAAAUGGUCAAAAGGUUCCACGAACAUGGAACGCCUCUCAUCUAAAGCAGUAUUUUAGUUAAUAGAAACAACCAAAGGUAAAACCAAAGGUGAAUGAAGCCGCACUCUUUUUUCCUUUCUUUGGAGAGGUUUUUAAUGAGGCGGCAUGUAAAAAGAAUGGAGACAAUUGUUCUCAUGUAUGAAAGAGAAAUGAAGAUUAUUUCAACAGAAGUUACUUUUUAAUUUUUUAAUUUAUAUUACGAGUUUAUGCAAAGUAAAUCGUAUCAAGGUAUAUAAUACCGCGAAUAAACCUUUCGGAAUAAGAAAGUAUCGCCAUCCAAUAUUGCAAGCCUUGGCAAUUCUAGUGGCCACUAGAAACCGAGCCUCGUCGAAAAAUCGACUAAGGUAUAUAGACCUAAGUAACAACAAUAAUUGGUAACAACUCAAGGUAACAACGAAUAAAUUUAAAAUGGUCUUCAUUAAAAGCAAGAAAAAGGGGCGACGCCCGUACAUGAUUUGGAAUGAUAAAAGACAAAAGGGGAGGCCCCAAAGAUAAAGAUGACUCAACAAAAUAAAACAAAUUACAAAUUCAAGCCAGGUUCUCAUUGUUGGCGUUGUUGCCCUAGCUUGUCCCAGCUUGAGGGUCUUCCUUCUCGUGAUCCUCGUUCUUGUGCUGCUCAUUCCCAUCCUCGCCAUCUUCUUCAGGCUCACUUUCAUCAUCGAAUUGGGGAAGGAGGUCGAGGCUAAUGUCAUCAUCACCAACUACUUGACCAUCCUUGAUCUCCUUCAGCCACCCAAUACGGGAAAGAUCAAAGCCCGGCUCAACCACACUAAUCUGCUCUUUGGCCGCCAGAAAGCCUUGAGCAAACUGGAGAGAAGCACGCCCCAAGAUGGAAGCACUUAGGCGUUCGUACUUCUUUUCCAGUUUUUGGCACUUGGCUUGAACAGCAGUGUGUUUGUCGUUGAUAGUUUCUUUCAGAGAUUUGGUCUUUUGAAGAAGCAAGUCAGAAGCCGCCAAGUCAUCAGUUAACUUAGCACACUUCUCCUCAGCAGCCUUCAGGUUUUUGUUGGCGGUCUCAGCAUCGGCUUUUGCUUGCUCAUAGGCAGUCUUAUAGUCAGCCGCCUUCUUUUCAUAACGGUUCUUGGUUGCUAUCAACUCCUUCACGCACUGAGCCAUUCCCGCCACAGUACUGGCAGCAGAGAGCGCAUGAUGGAUCGCCACAGAAGCAAUGUUGGGAGGGCCUUGACCGGAAACAUCCUUGUGAAUCCGGUUGUCAAAGGUACGAUUCAUAAAAUCCAAUCCGUUGAAGCGAGGAUCAGAUAGGUUCAGCAAAGGGGGAAGAGCCUCGCCACCAAUAGCUGAGCUAGGGCCAGCUUGGACGAAUGGAGUUGAAGGGCGGUUGAUCAGUGCGCCUGAAUCCGGUUGAUGUGGCGGGACAUUGUCAUGCCCCUUCUUUUUCUCAGUCGGACGACCUUUUGGAUCAAGAGUUGAUUGGUGAAGAGGUUUAACACCAGCAGCGCUCGAAGUUUUUUGGCGCUUUGGGUCCCUGAUGUUAUCAGAACCCGAAGUACCUUCAUUCUUUUUCUUUUGCUCAGUCUCGGCGGCCCUUUUCUUCGCCGCCGCAGCAGACUGGGCGAGGUAUUCCUUCAUCUUGAGGGGGUUGGCAUCAACCUUGCUUUUUCCCAUCGUGGCUGCAUGGAAAACAUCAAUUAGGCGAGGUACAUAAACAAAAAGAAAAACAAGUUGUGCAAAAAUUAUAAACUUACUAAAAAAUUGAUUUAAAGUGCCGGAUUUCGACGCUUCAAUCAAGUCAUGACCAGAGAUCACUGGUAAGGUGCGGAGGUAAUCGGCGAUGGCUUGCUCGGAUUCAUCCAAGGCGUCGUAUGAAACGGAUAUUUUUCGGCGAGGGUUUUUUGUCCAGUAAAAGGGGAAGAGAGGGUGGUUAUUGGAAUCUCGAAACAAGUUAUUCAUUUCAGGCGACUCCAUGACUUUGAAAUAUUUUUUCUGCCACACUUUGUAAUGGCUUUUAAGGGCGGUGAAUCGGCUCAUGUUCCUGCGAGCCAAAAGGGGAACCCACUUGACAGAUGUAGGUUUUGUGGUGACUGUCUUGUAAAAAAGGAAAAAUAAGGGAUAGGUGGGAGUGCAACUCAAAUGUUCACAGAGAAUUUCAAAGCAGCGUAUGAAACCCCAGGCGUUGGGCUGGAGUUGACAAGGCGCCACGUUCAAAAAGGUAAGAACGUGACAUAUAAAGGGCGAGAAAGGGAGUUUGAUAUUCAAAUCCAAGAAAAAAUAACCAUAAACAAAAAAGAAAUCGAGCGAUUCAUCAGUGGGUUCCUUGCGAAAAAGAACACAAUCGUCCUCGCCACAUGGAAGAACAUUUAACAGGUGAUCUUCGUUAUUUGAGGUGGCGGGAUUUACCUUUGUAAACCCUUGAGAAGAUAUUCGAAGCGAACUGAUGCUCCCAAGGCUACCCCAGAUGGAGCGCCAAAGACACUUAUCUUCAACUAAAUGCGCAUUGGAACGCCAUUCGGGCGAAGACAAAUCUCCAUUAGAGGAGAGAAUAGAAUCAACGGAGCCGGCGGGACCGGAAUCCUCGUGAGUGGAGGGCGAGGAUUGUAUUUCGAUAACGGUGGGGGCAGAAACUUCCCCCUCCGUAGAAGGGGAAGUGAGCUCUAAGGAGGAAACGCUAAAAUUUUGUGUCGACAUGCUGGGUAAUUUCAUAAAAAUAAAAGAUGAACAGGUCCAAACACAAAGAAAGAAGAAGACACAGUGUCAAGAAAAGAGAAAGGGGAAGGACUCACCGGAGUAAGAAGCGGAGGAUUGAGUAAAGAGAACGUCGGCGAUGGGGGAGCACCGCGCAAUGACAACGGCCGGAGUGAGCAAGGUUCACCGGAGAGCAAAGAAGAGAGGGAAAGCUGCGAUGAAAAAGUUUUCAGAGCAAAGGUUUUCAGAAAAGUGAAAAGUGAAAGGUAAAAAGGGUAUUUAUAGAAGAAAAAGGAAGAGAGAGAAUGAGUGGGAAAAACUGCCAAGGAUCGUGGGAUCGUGGGUUUGAAAUUUGAAAAGGUAUGAAACGAAAAGACGUAACUCCUCGAGACGCACAACUGCAUUUAUGGCAAAUGAUAGCAAAAUCCCGGAAAAGAAGGAUACGUGCGUCAGUUGAAAAGACGUGUUUGACAGGUGUGAUAACGGCGAGAUAUCGACAAAGAUAAAGAAUGUCGACAUAUAAAGGAGCAUGAAAAUGGCGAGAAUUCAUAAGCAAGAAUGUGACGACAGACCCAUGACUACAAAGAAUGGCGAUAUACUGUAAAGACGUCUCGACUCAAGGAACCUAAGUCUCAUGUCUUGGGGGGGCAUGUGGACUGGGCGGGACACCUACACAAGUGAAAGAACGGCGACACAAUUAUCAGAAGAACGAAGUAAAUGAUAAAGGUAGGCGACGAAGCAACGUAUAAAGACAUUUCGACUCAACUUACUUAAGCCUCAUGUCUUGGGGGCAUGUGGACUGGGCGAGAUAUAAGUAUCCCUUAUUCCCGCCCAAAUCAAGCAUUUAGAUGAACGAAAGCAGCCAUGGCGGGAUUAUGGAACAACGUCGAAGCCCGCCCGUCUUCUGGAUGGGUCCACGCGCCAGCUGGAAGAUUCCUUUAGUUUUGUCUUAUAUGUAUAGAGGCUUGGGCCCCGGUUGUCAGGCCCAAGUACAGUGACAGUCCAUGUUAUGAUCAUUCCCUCUAUAAAAGGAGAGGUCAACCCCCUGUAAAAAGUACCUUUCAAACAUUUAAUGAGAAUAUUCCUUUUGUGAUAUUUUUAGUACUCUGCUAGGGUUUACUUUCUGUCAGUUUCCGACGUCAGAACUCCCUAGUACGGAACACUAAGCAAAUGCUAUUAUGUAGUUUUAUCUGUAAUGCCAAGGAAAGGAGUUACGUUAAUUAUAAAAACCAUAAAACACAUGUUAUUACUCUUUUUCUAAUAAAAGCAAAAAUGAUUUGUCAUAUAAUUUUUUCAUUAGCUUAGACCACGAACUUAUUUUUUUUUC